AUGGUAAAUUCCCAUAAAAACUCUUUGAAGUAUCAAAGUUUUAGGGAAAAGAAGAUGAAUUUUGGGAGAAUGAUUCCACAAGAAAUAAUCUUUGAGAUAUUCUCCUGGCUUCCUGCUAAGUCUUUAACGCAUUUCAAGUGUGUUACAAAAUUUUGUAAUUCCCUUGUAUCUGAAUCAAAUUUUGUGGAUAUUUAUGAAUGUCGUUCCAUGACUCGUCCUAGUGGAACAAAAUUCUUUGUGCGUGGAGGGGAAGCUUUUUACGCUGUAGAGCAAAAGGAAGAUGGGAACACCUCCCUUCUCCGUAUAGAGAAUUUUGAUAAACUCUACGAUCGCCCAGGCACCAAUUGUUUUGAGUUUGUCAAUGGCUUGUUUUGCUUCUGGAAGUUCCUUGCGCAACCGGUUGCAAUUUCCAAUCCUAGUACCAGAGAAGUAAGAUUUCUUCCGCACCUAAAUUUAGAUGUCUCUCAGAAUAAUUGCUACUAUUCGUUGGGUUAUAAACCAGAAGAAAAGAAGUAUAAAGUUCUUUUGAUGACACCGACACCUAAAUUCGAACAAGGGUACUGCACAAGAAACUGGAUUUUCACUUUAGGUAUAGAUGAAGCAUGGAGAGAGACUGAAACCGUCGCCGAAUUUUAUCCGUUCACGGGUGUAGUUUGCAUUAGUGGAGUCAACUAUAUGUUUAAUACUUAUACUUUUGAUUCAAUUCCUAUCCUACAUAAUAUAGCUGCAUUUGAUGUUAGAGCUGAGAAUUUCAGAAUCAUCACAUGGUAUCCGCGUGAUUGCGAAGCAUGA